GGGGGAGGAGUGCACAGCCAGCCAGCCAGCCUGCCUUGCCUGCCUGCAUUAGCUCAGCUCUGAAACACCCUCAGUCUGGGCUGGAGCGUGGAGUUCGGAGGAUGUGAGCUGCUGCGGCUCCCACAUUGAAAAGGAGAAGAGGCGGAAAGCAAAGCCAACCAGAGAGAAAAAGAAAGAACGAAGCAACUCUUUAAAAGAAAGGAAAUCUUCCCUUCCCACCCCCACCCGCAGUUUCAAGGGACCACGAGUAGCAGAGAGAACAAGAGGGGGCGAAGAAGGAAGGAGACGCCUCGCUACUGUAGCAGCCGCCUCGGAAUUUUGGAAGGGGGGGUUUAAUUUUUAAUUUUAAUUUUUUUGCUUUGCCUCACACUACAUCAUCCCGCUUCCGGAGAUCGACUUUCUAUAUAAAACACACACACAUUAUUAUUUUCCUUUUAAAAAAACAUAUUUUUUUGUGGACAUGGACAGAAAGGAGCUGACUUCCCCGACGUCAGACGCCGACGCCGCUGCUAUUUGGACAUCUUUCAAGACCCUCUGGUGCUAUUGACUCUCUUCAGCCCCCUUUUCACGUUGUUGCUACAGAUUUAUUAGCAAUUUUUUUUGAGGGGGGGAGGGAGGGAGGUUGAUCGGUCGGUUGUGUGUGAGCCUCGUGUGUGUUUGUGUGAAUUGAAGACUGCUGGCUUGAAUGGAGGUGGGAGGGCAAGCUACUCUUUGAGAAGGCAGUGCGCUUUUCCUUUUUAUAACUUUUUCCUCUCCCCCUCCCCGAAGAUAUAUUUUUUCCCCUGGAUUGGCUCAUCUUUUGCUCCAGUGCAUUUAGAACAACAACAAAAGAACCCCAAACUUUUAGAGGGGGUGUUUGGAAAAGCGGACCAAAAGUAACCCACCGGGAGGAAACGUGUUUUUCUUUUUUUUCUUUUUUGGCGAAUAAUAUGAAAUUCUUGAGUGGCUUUCCUCUCUCCUUCGCUUUCUUCAAUGGACAACAACAAAUUUAAGAAGAGCAGCGUUUCUCGCCUUUAAAGGAAAAGAAUAAUAGAAGCCUGGAAAAGAUUUUAAGCGAGAUUCGGUUUAGUUUUUUGCAUUGCCUUUGGUGAAAAACCUAGAAAGGAGGAGUUAUUAUUUUCUUAUUGUUAUUUUUUUAAAAAAGGAAUAAAAAGGCGGGAGACCACCACAAAAUAACCUAAAAUGGAGACUGUAAGGAGCAGCUUUCAGCCUCAUCCCGGGCUGCAGAAGACCUUGGAACAGUUUCAUCUGAGCUCCAUGAACUCGCUGGGUGGUCCAGCCGCCUUCUCUGCGCGCUGGGCGCAGGAGCUGCUGUACAAGCGGGAGAACGGCAAGGAGUCCUCGUCCUCGACGUCCUCCUCGGCGGAGCCUGUGCUCCACUUGCCGCCGAUCCAGCCGCCGGCGGUGAUGCCUGGGCCCUUCUUCAUGCCCUCAGACCGCUCGACCGAACGCUGCGAGACCGUCCUGGAGGGCGAGACCAUCUCGUGCUUCGUGGUGGGCGGCGAGAAGCGCCUCUGCCUGCCGCAGAUCCUCAACUCCGUCCUGCGCGACUUCUCGCUGCAGCAGAUCAACGCAGUGUGCGACGAGCUCCACAUCUACUGCUCCCGCUGCACGGCGGACCAGCUGGAGAUCCUCAAAGUCAUGGGCAUCCUGCCCUUCUCGGCUCCCUCCUGCGGGCUCAUCACCAAGACGGACGCCGAGAGGCUUUGCAACGCCUUGCUCUACGGAGGCGCCUACCCGCCGGGGCGCUGCAAGAAGGAGUUCUCCGGGAGCCACCACGGGGCCGCGCUGGAGCUGGAGCUGACCGAGCGGAGCUUCAAGGUAUACCAUGAGUGCUUCGGGAAAUGCAAGGGGCUCCUGGUGCCGGAGCUGUAUAGCAGCCCUGGCGCGGCUUGCAUCCAGUGCCUCGAUUGCCGGCUCAUGUACCCCCCGCACAAGUUUGUCAUCCACUCGCACAAGUCCCUGGAGAACCGGACUUGCCACUGGGGCUUCGACUCGGCCAACUGGCGAGCCUACAUCCUCCUCAGCCAGGAUUACUCCGGCAAAGAAGAGAAAGCCAGACUGGGCCAGUGCUUGGACGAGAUGAAGGAGAAGUUCGACUACAGCAACCGAUACAAGAGGAAAGCACCCAGGGUACCAUCUGAUCCUCCUGCUCCCAAGAAACCCAAAAUAGAUGACUCCUUGCAGUCUCCAAUAAUUGGUGACAAAGAGAAACAGUCUAGUUGGUUACGGUCCUUGUCCAAUUCAUCCAGCAAGCAGAGUAUUGGUUGCAUGCAUCCACGACAGCGCCUCUCUGCCUUCCGGCCCUGGUCCCCCGCCGUUUCAGCAAAUGAAAAAGACCUCUCAAACCACAUCCCUGCUUUGAUCAGAGACAGUGUGUAUUCAUACAAAAGUUUUGAGAAUGCCGUGGCCCCCAACGUGGCCCUUGCACCACCCCCGCCUCAGCCAAAGAUCGUAAGCAACCCCCCAUGUGCCCCAGCAGCGACACGGAGCAGUGAGCCGUUGAACAGCCCCUCCCAACCAAGGAAAAGGAAACAUGUCGCCGAAAACCCAACCAUUCCCGAACCUACGCCAACCGCUGCUGUAGCCACCGCUCCUGCCGCUGUCCCUGCUACAGAAGAAGAAAAGGAGUCUGAAGCAGAAAUCGAAGUAGAGACUCGAGAAGAAUGUAAGUUCACCUCCUCUCUGUCGUCACUCUCCUCCCCAUCCUUCGCUUCUUCGAGCUCAGCCAAGGACAUGAGCUCGCCCAGCAUGCAAGCCCCGCCCACUACUAGCAACGUCUUUGAAGUCGCCAGCCACGCCGAGCCCCAGAGUGGCACCAGCGGUUUGGAGGCUGAGCUGGAGCACCUCAGGCAGGCCCUGGACAGUGGCCUGGACACGAAAGAAGCCAAAGAGAAAUUCCUCCACGAAGUUGUAAAGAUGAGAGUGAAGCAGGAAGAAAAACUGAAUGCUGCCUUGCAGGCCAAACGCAGCCUACACCAGGAGCUUGAGUUCCUACGUGUGGCGAAGAAGGAGAAGCUAAGAGAGGCAACAGAAGCCAAGCGCAACUUAAGGAAGGAGAUUGAGCGCCUCCGAGCGGAGAACGAAAAGAAAAUGAAGGAGGCCAACGAAUCACGGAUACGGCUAAAGCGGGAACUGGAGCAAGCCAGACAAGUCCGGGUGUGCGACAAGGGGUGUGAAGCAGGCAGGCUGAGAGCCAAAUACUCCGCCCAGAUUGAAGACCUGCAGGUGAAGCUCCAGCAUGCAGAGGCGGACAGAGAACAGCUGCGUGCUGAUCUGUUGCGUGAGAGGGAAGCACGGGAACACUUGGAAAAGGUUGUCAAGGAACUUCAGGAGCAACUGUGGCCUAAACAGAGUGAUCUGCCCGGCAGUGAACACACAAUGAAAGAUAUGGACAACUAGGCCAGCGCUGAAGAACGUAAUGACAUGGGGUCUAAUUUGUAGGCCAGACUGACAAUAAAAUAAAAUAAUAUGCACAGUGAGGGAGAGAGAGUGUGUGGGAGAGGCGCCAGGGCAAGGGUCCGCGCCCCGGCGUGUGCUGGUAAACAUGGACUUUGUUAGUCAUUGGAGGGCAAAUGUUACUCUUUAUAACAGAAGCACUGAAUUCCGCCUCUUUUUUCAAUCCAUAUAGCACAACAUCUUCCUGUGCCUAUAACAUGAAGAGUGUUUAUAACCUAAACUACUUUUUGAGUCUGCAGCAAAAAAAUAAUAAUUUUUAAAAAUUGUACCGUCUGGCGAGCAGCAUCCAUGUGAAAUCAAAGACAAGCAACGAGGGCUGCUUUCUGGGAACACUUUGGAAUCAA